AUGGCUGAGGCUGUCACCUAUGCAGACCUGCGGUUUGUGAAGGCUCCCCUGAGGAAGAGCGUCUCCAGCCAGUUGGGACUGGGUAAAGAGGCUGACGACGAUGGGGAACUCACCUAUGAGAACAUACAAGUGCCCCCAGGGCCAGGCGGGCCCUUGAGCUUGGCUUCCUCUGGACUAAGGGACAAAGCAGGGAUCAAGUCGGAGCAGCCAACCGCGUCCUGGAGCUCCGUGACGCCACCGGCUGCCGGGCGGAUCCUGCCCUGCCGUGCAGCCUGCUUGCAAUACCUCCUGCUUGGCCUGCUCCUCUCCUGCCUGCUGUUAGGGGUGGCCACCAUCUGCCUGGGAGUGCGCUAUUUGCAGGCAUCUCAGCAGCUCCAGCAGGUGAGCAGCAUUCUCGAAGCCACUAACAGCAGCCUGAGGCAGCAGCUCCACCUGAAGAUAACGCAGCUGGGGCAGAGGGAAGAGGCUCUGCAGGGGUCCAGGAGAGAGCUGGCCCAGAGCCAGGAAGCAAUUCUGGUGGAACAGAAGGAUCACCAGGCUGCCAAACGGCAGUUGCAGGCCUGCCAGUCAGACAGAGACGAGGCAAAGGAGACGUUGCGAAGUGAAGAGGUGCAGAGGAGGGACUUGGAGCAGAGGCUGAACAGCAUGCAGGACACACUGAAGCGCUUUUUCACAUGCCCCUUACAAGACACCUGCUGUCCGGUGGGAUGGAUACUGAGCCAGAGGAGCUGCUUUUACUUCUCACUUACUCAGAGAAAUUGGGAGGAGAGCCAAACCUAUUGUCGAUCUCUGUCCUCCAACCUGGCCACACGUUUUCCCAGCAGGUCAAGUGAGUUGUCUUCACAUGUUGGUUCAGAUGAUACAUAUUGGAUUGGCCUCAUCUAUGAUAAGAGCAGGAAGUGGAUUGAUAAUACAAAACACUCUGGCUCAAAAUGUACCAAGGUACAAAAAUACUGGUCAUGGUUAGAAGUGAAACAAGAGACGUGUACAAGUCGUCUUCCCUGCAUCUGUGAGAUGGCAGCUUUCAGGUUUCCAGAUGGGGACCACCCUUUGCACUGAACCGGGUAAGUGUGAGGGAUGGGCUGAGGCAUGGGGAGUCCAGGGGCAGAGAGACUCACAGCAGCAGCUGAGAGCCUGAGGGAAAACUUGUUCCUGGGGAGGACAGUCAUGUCCACAGCCUCUGGUGGCUUGGCUGUUUGUGUAAAGGCGGGUUGGACAGAGGGAGGAGCAGGUAAGGCUCAGAACUGAAGGGAGGCUGGUGAUGUGGCUGUUCAGGGAGUUGGGGAGAAGGGGUGAGCUGGAUGAGGGUUUAGUGACAAUCAACUGUAGAGCUCACCGAUGCUUUACUCUUUCAGAUACUCAUACCAGCAAGUACCUGCAUCCCUCAGACCUAACCUGUGGUCUGCAGGUCCUAAGAUCAUCUCCCCCCAGGAGUCCCUCACUCUGGGCAGUGCCCAGCCAAGGGCUGAUCCAUGCCUGACACUUCUAGCCAGCCUGCUGCCUACUUGAAGCCCUGCCCCAGAGACUGGACUGCUCCUGGGAAAAGGGUGAAGAAGCCUCUACAAGGGACUUUGGCCUCCCCCAAGAACCUCCCAUAGUGGAAUGGGAAGGGGGGAGGAGGGCGCAUGGGCUGAGUGGAUAGGGGCAGCCCGGAGCCAGCCAGGCAGUUUUAUUGAAAUAUUUUUAAAUAA